AUGGUGAUCCGAAACUCAGACUACCCUCGACUCCCUAGAAUGCACUGGGGCGAAUUGAUUUACGCAACACCAGGAUGUGGCAAGACCUAUGUUGCCAACAAAUAUCGGGAUGUUGUUGACGGAGACGAUUUGAUUGUAGAGGCUACUAUUGAAGUAGCUCCACACUUUGAACUCGAUUACUACGACGAUCCUAGGAAGGCGAUAUUCCAAUACUUUCGAUACAUAAAUUUCAACCGAAGAAUCAAUCAUGUGGAAAGUCUACAACCGGGCCUAGGCGAAAAUGGAAGACGCAUGCGCUGA